AUGCCAACGCAGCACGUCAACCCCCGCGCUCGCGUUGCGCUCGCCGCGCGCGAUCUCGAGCACGAGCACGAGCGCGACGCCGCCACCGUCGUCGAACGCGCACCCGAGCCCGAGGCCGAGUCGUCGACAAGCCAGAGCCGGGCCAAGCUGCGUGCCGUCGACGAGCGCCAGGCCAAGACUCUCCCAUCCGCGGCCAGCUUCUAUGUCCACUCGCUCCCCGGCCUCGGCGUUCUGAGUACCCACCCAACCCACCCUCUCACAGUCCACGCCGGCGAGCUCCCAUCGUACCCCGGAGAAGGCAAGGGCGGUGGUGAAGGCCCGGUGGGCAAAGAUGCCGAAAUCUUUUUCAUGAUGGUCCGUGCCCGUCGCUCCGCAGGCAAGCAGCGUGUCGUCUUCUGGUUCAACGGAGGGCCUGGCUGCUCGUCGUUCGAUGGCUCGAUGAUGGAGGUCGGCCCAUGGAGGACGGUACCCGCAUCGCAGACCGAGUCGGGGCAGGUCGAGCUCAAGCUCGUUGAAGGCGGCUGGGAGGAGUACGCCACCAUGGUGUAUGUCGACCAGCCGCCCGGAACAGGCUAUUCGUUCAUCCCCAGCAACGGCUACCUGCACGAGCUGACCGAGGCCUCGGCACACCUCAUCAAGUUCAUGGAGAACUUUUACACCGUCUUCCCAGAGUUGGACGGCGCAGACACCUACCUUGCAGGAGAGUCGUUUGCCGGACAAUACAUCCCCUACUUUGCCGACGCGUUGAUAAAGAAGGACGCGACCACCCUCCCCAACUUCAACCUCCAGGGCAUUGCCAUCGGCAACGGCUGGAUCGACCCUCUGAGGCAGUACCCAGCCUACCUCGAGUUUGCGUACGAGAGGAAGCUCAUCAAAAAGGGAAGCGACGAAGACAAGGCUGCCCAUGCCGCUAUGGACGAAUGCGCGGCAUGGAUGAAGAACUACACCGACCCCUUGAUCACGCCCGUCAACAUUCCCCACUGUGGUGGAGUCAUGGAUUCGGUGACAAAGCCCGCACUGAAGGAGAUUGACGGACAUAUGAAGUGUCUCAACAUCUACGACGUGCGACUGGUCGACAGUUACCCGGCGUGUGGUAUGAACUGGCCACCAGACCUCUCCGACGUGUACAAGUACCUGGCGCGUCGGGAUGUGGUCGAGGCUCUGCACGCCACCAAGCACCAAAGGGCAUGGACGGAGUGUGACGACCGCGUCGGCAACCAGAUGAGAGCUGGCAAGGAGCCAGCCUCUGUCCACCUCAUCCCUGGCAUCUUGGAGAAGGGCGUCAAGGUCCUCAUGUUUGCCGGUGACGAGGACCUCAUCUGCAACUACAUUGGCAUUGAGCGCAUGAUCGAGGCGCUGGACUGGAGCGGCGAAGUUGGGUUUGGAGCCAACGCCACUGCCCAGCCUUGGUAUCUCAACGACACCCAGGUCGGCGAGUGGACGACUGACCGCAACCUGUCAUACGCAAGGCUGUACGAGGCAUCGCACAUGGUUGGUUUCGACGUCCCUCACGUCUCCAACGACAUGAUCAUGCGCUUCAUGGAUGUCGACAUCAACAUGUUGCCUGGUCUCACUGGCUCCGGGUCGUCUCGAGUUGGAGAAGACAAGCGGCCUGCUGUCCACUUUGGUCCUCAGCCAACAACCUCUGGCAUGCCGAUUCUCAAGGGCGGAAAGGGCGACUGGGAGGAAUGGUACAACGCCGUCUCGGCUGUCCUUAUCCUCCUCACGCUCAUCGGCAUCGUUGGCGUCUACCUCUUUGUUCGACACAGGCGAAUGCGUCGCGGCCUCUCGCUGCCAACCCACGCCGGUCGUCGCUCAAACGACGGUAACCGCGAGGAGAGGAUGCCUCUGGCCGGAGCAGACGAGUACGAGCUGGAUGACGGUGUUGGCGGUAACGGUGCCGCCGACAGCCGCGGGAAGGGCAAGGGCAAGAGCCGCGCACGGACGAGCGAUGAGCUUGACGAGGAGGAGCAUGGCAAGGACCCCAACCAUGUGUUUGCGCUUGGUGAUGAGGACGAGCACGACCACGAGUAUGACGCUGGCAAGUAGGCCACGUUGUUAGACUAGACGCGUUGUACGGG